AGAAAAAAUCCAGGCAAGCCCCAGGAGCGCAGCAGAGCCCCCCACGGCCGAGCCCCGCGGAAUCCCCCGGCAGAGCCCGCGGAGCAGCAGCAGCGGGAGCGGCCGCAGCCCGCGGAGCGGCGCCGCGAUGAAUUCCUACUUCACCAACCCGUCCCUGUCGUGCCACCUCGGCGGCGGCCAGGAGGUGCUGCCCAACGUGGCCGCGCUCAACUCCAGCUACGACCCCGUGCGGCAUUUCGGCGGCUACGGCGCGGCCGUGGCGCAGAACCGCAUCUACUCCUCGCCCUUCUACUCGGCGCAGGAGAACGCCGUGGUGUUCGGCUCGGGCCGCUCGCCCUACGAGUACGGCUCGAACGCCUUCUACCAGGACAAGGAGGUGCUGAGCAGCUGCCGCCAGAGCUCCGUGGGGCCGCACGGGACCCCCAACUCCAUCGCGCAGGAUUUCCCCGGCGAGCAGGGCCGGGCCGCGGCUCAGGAGCAGAAAUCCGGCAUCCAGAUCUACCCCUGGAUGCAGCGCAUGAACUCGCACAGUGGAGUGGGUUACGGGGCCGACCGCCGGCGGGGCCGCCAGAUUUACUCGCGCUACCAGACGCUGGAGCUGGAGAAGGAAUUCCACUUCAACCGCUACCUGACGCGGCGGCGCCGCAUCGAGAUCGCCAACGCGCUGUGCCUCACCGAGCGCCAGAUCAAGAUCUGGUUCCAGAACCGCCGCAUGAAGUGGAAAAAGGAGACGAACCUGAGCUCCACGCUGGGAGGGGGGGGAGCGGCGGCCGCCGACAGCUUGGCCAAGGAGGAGAAGCGCGAUGAGACAGAGGAGGAGAAGAAGGAGUGAUGGAUUUCUUUUUGUCGCCCCCUCCCUUCCCCUCUUAUCCCUUUUUUCUCCCUCUUUUUGUCCUAUUUAUCGU